AUGGGACUUCACAGUAGUAAAUUUAAAAAAGAUUCUAUUAAUUCUAAUCAUUCGAGUAUUUCUGAUAAAUAUCGUUUUGAAGAUGGUAGAAGAUUUCAUAAUAUAAAUAAUUCAAAAUACUUUCUACCUAAUGAUGAUGAAGAAUGUGACAGGCUGCAUAUGAUGCAUUUUAUAUAUAGGUGUGUUUGGCAAAGUAACUUUUCCGCUCCUGUUGAACUUCUUCUUAAUCAAGAAGGAACAAAGAUUCUCGAUGUAGGAACAGGUGCUGGUUCUUGGUUACUCGAAAUGUCAACAAAUUAUCCACUAUCAAAAUUUAUUGGCAUAGAUAUUUCUCUAAUUCAACCUAGUUGUAUUAAACCUAAAAAUGCUGAAUUUAUUCAGGCAAAUGUAUUAGAACGUUUACCAUUUCAUAAUUAUACUUUUGAUUUUGUAUUUCAACGAUUAUUGUUUGCUGGAAUUCCUGGAAAUGAAUGGCGAUCUGUAAUUAAUGAGUUAGUUCGCGUAUUAAAGCCUGGUGGUUAUAUAGAGAUUGUUAAUGGCUUAAUAUUUAUAUUUAAUGAACGUGGUUUAGACAGACAAAUAUGUUACAAAUUACAAGGUUAUUUAGAAGAACAUAUACAACUUCAUAAUGUUCAUUCUGAAAUUAAAAAAAAUUACGAUGGUGAUGACGCUAAAAAGUUAUGUAGUUUGAUGGCUGAAAAUUAUGCUACUUUUCUUAAGUCUGUGAAACCAAAGCUUAUGAGUGUAAUUGGCGUUCUUAGUGAUGAAUAUGAUAAUUUAGUUAAAAAUAUGAAAGACGAAAUAAUUGAAUUAGAUUCUUUUAGCACGCAGGUUCGUGUUUAUGCUCAAAAAAGGUGA